AUGAAAAAAAUACUGAAUGGGGGAAAACACGAAAACAAUGGUAAUAGUAUCGCAAGUAAUAAUUUCAAAGAUGGGAUAAAGAAAGUAAAAAAAAAAAAAAAAAAAAAAACAAAUGUUAGCAAUAUAUUACUAGACCAAUUUCAUCACCGAAAUAAAUAUAAUUCCAAUUUGUUUUCAACCGGAAAAAAUGAAAAGGGUAAUUUAUCAGUGUCACAGGAGCAAUCAAGCAUAAACACAAAAUUAGCUUAUUCCUUUGGGGAACGCAAAUCAGGUGGUACAUAUACUGGAUAUAUUCCCCCUCUUGGUAGUAGUAAUAGUAAUAUUAUGAAUGUAGAAUGGUGUGAAAAUAAUAAGCCUGAUAUAAGGUCUGGCUCUAUCAAUAGAGUUGCCAAGAGCCUUUAUGAUUUAAGUAAAAUAAAAAUGAAUAAUGCAAGUAACAAAGAAAAUACAAAUGAAAAUUAUAGUAGCAAUUACAACAGUAGUAGUAAUUAUAUGAAUCAUUAUAACAGUAAUAAUGAUAACAAUGCAAAUAACAUGUUCAAUAGAAUACAAAAUCGAAGUGGCCAAAUACAUAAAAAGAUUAACAAAUAUGAAAAUAGUAUGUAUUAUCAAAAGUCUCCAAUUAAAUUAAAUUUGGCGUGUACAAAGCAAUUAAAUAAGAAUAGAAAGAAUUUGUAUAACUCUACUAAUUUUCAAAAUAAUAAAAUGAAAUAUGUAAGAAAUGAAAACAAAUAUACUAAGGGUAAUAAAAAUAAAUUGAGUUAUAUUAAUGACCACGAAGAAAAUAAAAAAAAUAUAAAUAAUAUUGUAAUUAAUAAUUUAUCACUACCAAGUGAUAUUAAUAGUGCGUAUAAGGGUAAUGAUGUAAAUAUUGAAAAUCGUGAUGCUAUAAAUUGGAAUAGGAAAAACAGCCAAUCGAAUAGCAGCAGUAUUUAUAACGUAUGUGGAAGUGAUAAUAAGUCUCUUUAUAGGCAUAAUGAAUUAUCGAAUGAUAACAAACAUGUAAGUGACACAUUUUUCAAUGGUAUUGAUAAUAAUUUGGAUAAAUAUAUUAAUACAAAGAAUGAAUAUAUAAGCAAUAAAAAUAAUACAUCGACUAAUACUUCAGGCAACGAUCUUGGAAAAAAAGAAUCCAUAAAAUCAGUUUAUAAUUUUAUUAAAAAUAUAAAAGGUGAAAAUGUUGUGGAAAUUAAAGAUGGAAAGUGUUUAGCAAAAUCAAAUCCUCAAAAAGUUGACAUUACACACUUGAUAGCAUACUGCGAAAAGUCAAUAGAGAUUUUAAGUAGCAAGCUUGGUCAGUUAUUAUUGGCUAAUGAUAAUGAAUAUAUAAAUUUAAUUAAAUAUAUAAUAGAUAUAUUUAAAAAUAUUAAUAUAAUUAUCGAUUUUAUAGAUGAUUCGUCUUGUCAUUUUAACAUUUUCGGUAUUAUAUUAAAUAUAUAUUCUUAUUUGUGUAUAAAGAUGUUUGAAGAGAAUUAUUUAUUGAAAAUAAUUAAUUUAAAAUGUUUUGUUUUAAUGUAUGAAAUUUUAAUUAAAUUGAAAAAAAAUAUUUUUAAUUUGUCUUGUGUGUUUACUUUAUAUGUAAAUUUUUUAAAAAGUAAUAUGGAGGGUAUUGAUGUUUUAAAAAAAAAAUAUAAUAAUUAUAAGCCAAGGUUUAUAGAAUAUGACAAAAAAAUAUACAAAAAAUUGUUAAAUUCGUUUUUAACUAUAUUUGCAUACUGUUCAGAAAGUGAAGUGAACAUUGUCAAAAUUGAGGCGCUAAAAUCGUUUUGCUACAUAUUAAAUAUAUUAUACCAAGAGAAAAAGAAAGAAAAGUGGAGAAAAGCUAGAAAUGGGGGGAGGGGGGGAAUAGAAAAUAAAGAUAAUAAUUGUAUAGAAGAAUAUGAAGAAGAAGCGGAUGAUGAAUGGGGCAACUCUGAGAGGGAAGAGAAUGCAAAAAUAGAAGGUAGUGUAGCAAUAGAAAGAAAUAUGAAAAGCACACUUAAUGAUCCUACUAAUGCAAAUUCUACCAAACCUCUAAAAAAUAAUUUUUAUUAUAUAUAUAAUAAAGAUAUAAUUAUUAAUUGUAUUGUUAAUGCAAAAGGGAAUGUUUCCAAAGGUUUUCCAAACAAUAGAAUGAUAUAUUUAAAAACCCAUAAUCGUAAUUUUUUUAACAAAAACUAUUUUUCAACAUUUUUACACUUGGAUUAUAAAAAUGAAUUUGCUAGGAAUGAUGAUAAAAAGCGAAAAAAAAACGUGAACACAUAUUGGAAUAAAAACAGCGAACAAAAUGAAAGGAAACAAUUGGAUAAAGAAGAGUCGAAUAAUAUCAAUGAAAAUAUAAAUGAGGUUCCUUUAAAUGAAGAAAAUAAUAAUAAAAAAAAUAGUAAUAACAGUGUGAGUGUUAAGAAUGCAAAAAAUAAAAGUAAAAAUGCAAUUUUACUAAUAAAUUUCGAAACUGUUUUUAACAGCGAAUUAGCUACUGGAUGGUUAUCAAAUAAAAUAGAUGACGACGAUGAAACAAUUUUAAUUUACGUAUUCAAGAUAUUUGAAUUUUUGAUUGAUAUUUAUCGUAAUAAAGAAAUAUAUAAGGCAAUAAAAAAGUAUAUAAUAUUUUUUUUAAAUCAUAUUAAUAAUAAUAUAUUUAGUUAUGUAACAUAUUUAAUUGUUAAAAUAUCACGAUUGAUACCAAUAGAUAGAACGUUUUUUAAUAAAUACAUUUCCGUGCUUUUGAAAAAUUUAAAUAAGGAUCGGCGUAAAAAUAUAUUCCUCAUGCUUUCAUAUAGUAGAUAUGAAAAAAGUGGUCUUGAGGUAGUAUUAAAUAUUUUAAGCAAUUUAUGUUUAUACAACUUUAAUUUCAAGACUAAUGUGCAUUUAAUGAAUUAUGAAGAAGAUAAUAAUAAUCCAUUAAAAAAUGAUAUGGAUGAAUAUAAUAUGAACACACAUUUAUAUAACUCUAAAUCAGAUUCUUUUGAUGCAUCUAAAAAGAAUUCGAAUUCAAUAGAUGAGCAAGAAGUAUAUCUAAUUGAUCAUAUGAUAUAUAAUAACAAAGAAUGGUAUUAUAUAUAUAGCGUGAUAAUAGUAUUGUCGUUUAAAUAUUCCGAUUUAAUUUAUCCUUUUUUUUUUGAUAAGUUUCGAAAUAAAUUUAUAGAAAAUUCAUAUAUUAAUGUUCCUUUUUUAAAUUUAUUUGAACGAUCCUAUAGAUUUUGUUACUACACUUCGAACAAAAUAUUAUAUGACAAAUUUGAAAAAUACCACAUAACGGGUUCAAAAUGUGUGAAUUUAUUUGAAUUUGAUCGAGAAAUGGCAUGGGGGAAGUAUGAGAAAAGAAAUAACAAAAUUGGAGAAAAUAGUGACGAAAUAAAUUGUAAAAUGAAUAGCAAUAAUAAUCACAGUUACAUUUUUAUGAACGAACAUAAUGAACAGAAAAAGGAUAACUUUUUGAUUAACGAUAAGAAGUGUGUUGAUAAUAAGGGGAGUAGCGACAUAAUUCCUAGAGAAAAUAUAUCACCUGAAUUGUUAUAUCAUCAGAUGUAUGCAUUUUUAGAAUAUCCACAAUGUGUAAAUUUGGAUAUAAGUUCAAAGGAAAGUAAUUUUUGCUAUAUAUAUAUUUUAAGUGUGUUAAAUAUACUUUUUAAUAAGGAUAUCCCAUUUUUCAAUGAAAAUUGUUUUUUUUUUAAAAAAAAUAUAUGGGAAUUACUGCAUGAUCAAACAAAUUUAAAAACAAAUCAUUUUUUAGAUUAUCUUAUAAUUUUUAAAGAUUAUGAUUUCUUUUAUAUUGAUAAUAGUAACGAGUUGAUAGGGAUGCUUGACUCAUUAUAUUAUAAUUAUGAAAGUAAUUAUACGAGAAGAAAAGGAUUGGUAAAAAGGAGGAAAUCUGAUAAGCUUAGCCAAUGCGACAGUUCUAUAUAUAGUAGCAGUGAUAGCAUGUUUGGAGAUAUGAUUAAAAAUUUAGAAGGGAACAAGCAUUGUAAUAAUAUUUCAGGGUUGAUGAGUAACGAGAAAAAUGAUGAAAAAAAAGAAAGCACAAAUUUAAGCAUCAAUAAUAUUAAUAAGUUCAAAAAAAUAAAAGACUUCGAGAUAGAGAAAGAAGAACAAAUAGUCGAUGAAUCUAUUCAAGAAAGAAACAAAAGGAAUAUGAUAUAUUUUAAACAAAGUUACAUGAAAUAUUCGAAAUUUAUUAGUGAUAAUAUUAAUGAACAUAUUAUUGGUAAUAUAUAUUUUUUAAGAUAUUUGAAAGAAAUUUUUUCUCAUUUUCAAAAAAAAAAAAAUAUAUAUUUUAUAUAUAGCUAUUUUUUAAAAACAUUUAUUACGGAUUUGUCGAUAUAUGGUAUAAUACAUAGAAAUAGCAUUGCAAACUAUUUUUACAAAAGACUAUUAAAUGGUGUACUAAAUAACGACUUAAUUUAUGGAAAUAAUGUGACUAAUAAUUCAAUAAAUUGGAAUUAUGAGCAUUUAGAUGAUAUAAAUGGGGAUAAACUGGGAAUAAAAUUUUUUAGUAAAUAUAAGAAUAAAAUAAACGAGACAGGAAUAAUUCGUAACAUAUAUAAUGUGAAUGAAUAUUUCGAAAAUGAUAAGAAAGAUCAUUAUGAUAAACAUUUUAAUUAUCCAACAUAUGAUAUUGAAGAUAAAAGGAUGGAUUUUGAUAAAAAUAUAAAUGAAGUAGAUGUAUGGGGGGAAAACGGAAAUGUUAUUAAAAAUUGUUUAGGGAAAUUAAGCAAUGGAUUUGGAAAUAAUUUUUUACACGAUUUAAAUUAUAAUAAUUUGGAUAAAGAUAAAAUUAAAAUAUUUGUAGAAACCAUAAAUCAGAAUAUAGAAAAAGAACAUAAAUAUUUUUCAUGUAAUAAUAUAAAUUUUCGAUUUAUAAAAUCAAAGAUAAAAAUAUUCAUGAAUGAAAAGGAUAUGCAUGAAUGGAAAAGUUAUACAAACGUAGUAGAUUUUAAAAGUAAAUAUCGAGAAUAUUUUUAUCAUAAAAAGGUUAUAAAUAUAAAUCACAGAAUUAAUAAAAAUUUGGUUAAAAUUUACUAUUUGUUUAAUGAACAUUAUUUUCAUUCAACAGAUAUAUCAGAAAUACUUCGUUUUUUUUUAAAUAAAAUAUACGAUGAAAACAACCUAUUAUUUUCUAAGUUGAAUAAAUAUUUUGGUAAAAUUUUAAAUAAUGAUGAAACUGAAGUGCAUAAAUUCAAAGGAGAAAGGGAAUAUAGUUCCUAUGUUAUAUCUGAUAAGAUGGAAAAUGGGAAAAAUAUGAUAUGCAGUAAAAAUUAUCAGUGUAGUGUGUGUAACCAAAAUAAGAAUAGAAGGAAGAUAAUAAACUUGAGUGAUGAUUUAGAACAUUUAGUUACUGGAUUCAAUAAAUUUAUUCAUAAACACGUAGAACAAAAUACUAAAAAUGAGAACGAAAAUACAUAUACUAUAAACGUUGUGAUAAAUAAAAUUUUAAAAAAUAUAUUAAAACAUAUAAAAAAUAAGGAUUUUAUAAAUUAUGACAAAUGCAUAAAAUUUUCAUUCAAAUUUGUAUCCUUUUUUUUCGUGAAAAUAUAUUUUUGUAUUGAGAUAGACCCAUAUUUUGAAAUUUUUGAAAAUUAUUAUGAUAAAGAUUUAGGAAACAUUUUAUUUUUAUUACCAGAUCAUGUAAAACAUUUUUUUAAUCGCCUAUUAUUGUACAUUGAAUAUGAAGAUGCUUAUUAUAUAAAGAAUACACAAAGCGAAGUGCAAAAUUGCGACGAAUCGAAAAUUAAUGAAAUAAUAAAAAGAAAAAUGUCAAAUAAAAAAAUGGAACAAACCAAUUUCUUAACGUACAACUUUGUUGCUGAGAAUGUUUUGUUAGAAGAUAGUUCCUUAAAACAUUUGAAAAAUAUUAAUAAAACAAAAGUAAAAAAUUCAUUAUUUGCUAAGAGGAAAAAAAAUAAUCCAUCAAAUCAAAACGUUGUGAAUGAUUCAUGUUUUAAGCUGAAUCCAAAAUAUUUAAAUGGUUCUAAUGAUCAACAUCAUUGUGGUAAAUCUUGGAGUAAUAAAACCAAUUAUAGCAAAGUGAACAAAAAUGUAAAAAAAAUAAAUAUGCCGAAAUACCUCAAAAUAGAUACUACAGAGUGGAAAAUAAAACGUAGUAAAAAUAACUAUUAUGAUAAUAGCAUAAAUGGAUAUAUAAAACCUUUUAAAAAUUUCAUAAAUAUUGAAUUAAAAAAAAAUAUUGAAGUUAAUUUUGAUUAUUCCUUUACCUUGCCUACAAAAUGCAAGGUUAAUUUUUGUUACUAUUAUUUUAAGAAUAAUAAAUUUAUUUUAUUUCCUUUAUCUAAAGUGAAACAAAUAUAUGUUAAUGUAUUAAACCAAUGA